AUGGAAGACUUCAUCAAGAAUCAACUUCGUCCUGUACAAGAAUGCUUGAUCUGCACUGAGCCUUUCAGCGCGACGCAUCUGCCAGUCACACUGAACUGUACGCACACUUUCGGCUACAGUUGCAUAUCAAAAUGGCUACAGGGUGGACGAGGCAAUAACGCGUGUUGUCCGGUUUGUAGGCACGUGCUGUUAGUGGAAGAAACUCCACAGCCAAGGUUCGACGCGACAUCAAUAUGGAAUAGGAUUUGCGAGCUGCCAUUGGAUCGUCUGCAUACCUUUAUGCAGAAGCUUUGGAUCGGCAUACGGAGUCUUUGGAAACGCAAGCCAGAUGGCAAGUUCACUGUCAGUGACUUCUUGAAGAAGGCCAUCUUCCCUGCUCUUAUUGAAACCGGUACUCAUACUUGGGACGAAUCGCAUGAUACCUUCACAGAUGCCUAUAAUCUCAUUGCAGUAUCUUGGGACUCACUUGACCGGCCAGACAGGGCGGAAGGGCUAGCAGUCCCACUCGUACGCCUUGCUCGCUUGGUGUCCAGUGCUGCUACGACGCUUCCCCUGUACCUCACAGAUCUCCCACGAACAACUCAACUUAUCUGGAAGGCAAACGCUUGUCUUGGGCUGACGGAGGAAAACAUCAGCUGGGACAUAAUCACAAACGCUUCGAAUCUAGCGUCGGACCAGCAUUUCCCGCUCCUGCAUCUCUACACAGUGCUCAUCUCGCAGAGUAUCGCGCACACUUCUGGACCACAACAACCGCUUCCUACUAGGAGGCACGAGAUCAUGAACAUGGUUGUAGAGAAGUGCUGCACGAAGAUUGGUCAAGUGUGCUACACCGGAAAGCCUUCGAAUGCAUUCAAAGACACGUUGGUCUUCGUCUUUCAAGAGAUUUGGAGGUUUCAGCACGAGCGGUCGCGACUUAGUCUAAGGGGCCGUGUAGGCGAGGAAACCAUUGUGAAAGGCAUGUGGGCGAUUUCAGGAUGGCCGAUCAAGAGGGAUCGUUGAUUGACAUGUGAUCUGGUAGCCUCAAACCUGCACUGUACAUGAGAUUGACUGAAGACGACUUCCAGAGACUUUGUGUCUAAUUCAGUGUUCUCAUUUUUCUUUGUCUUUCCUGUGAUGCUCAUCGGUAACUCUGACACCGGCAAGUCUUUACUGGCUGCACCCUCUGUCCACACCCCAGAGAAUUAUUUGCGUCGUCUCAUCUCUCUUCCACCAUGUCCUAGACUGUUCAACUUGAAUCGUAUACACACUUACAACACAAUAUCCCUGCUUCGUAUCGAUAACUUGUAAAAUUGAGAACCCCUCCUCCGUUUCCGCCCUCCAUCAGCUCUCGAAAUCAACAUAUACUACUAUUGAGACUUACUCUCUGCGGAAGGGAUAAUUGAUGCGCAACAAACGAAGGCAUGCAGAUGGAUAGAUUCAGGGAACUGAUUCCCAGGUGAUGGGAGCUUUGAAAACUAAACCGGCAUCUU